ACUUACGAGUGUAUUUUGUAUUAAUUUUAAGAAGAGAUUUGUGUUCAUUAAGUAUUUUUUUAAUGUGUGAUGAACUUCGUCAUCACAUUAAGAUGGAAUUCGUAAGCUGUAAUAAUUUUAGAAUAAGGGGCGAUACGAUCCCAAACCUUAACAUUGAAGAGUUCAUAAAGUCAAUUGAGAAUCAAUACGAUAUUGACAUGACUUCACCUGAAUGGAGACGUGCUAUCACUCGUAUUCAAGCAGCAUUAAUUGAUUAUAUACAUCGAAUAAAAGACCAUAAACUUCGAAAAGCUCUCAUCUUAGAACAAUUGCAAAAAGAAUUUACGUACAUAAAUCCUUUCUAUUUAGCAGAUGUAAAGGCUAGAACAGCUAGAAAAUGGGAACGUUUAAAAACACGAAGCGUAAUUAAACUUGAUCCAAUAGUACCAGAAAGUAUUAAAAGUUUUUCUACCAAAAGUAUGGAACGUUUAAAAACUCGAAGCGUAAUUAAACUUGAUCCAAUAGUACAAGAAAAUAUUAAAAGUUUUUCUAGCAAAGGUAUUGAUCCAGAAAUUAAAGAGGAAGAAGUUUCAGAAAUGAUCAUUCCAGAAACGAUCAGUCCAGAAAUGAUAAUUCCAGAAAUGACGAUUGAUGAUGUCAAUGAUAAUGAUAUGAAAGAAAAAGUAGAUACAUUUCUACCUCGUACCGAUAACACAAACGUAUCAAAUGAAAUUAGUACAACACUGAGUGUAAUGCAAACAAAUGCAUCAAAUAAAAUUAAUACAACAGCACCGAGUGUACUACAAACAAAUACAUCAUAUGAAAUUAACAUAACAACAUCGAAAAGCAUAACCAAUACAACUACUUCGAAUUCAAGUAUUCGAAAUGAAGUGUUACAAUUAAUUGUUAAAAUUGUGGAGCGCGCAAUGGAUGUAUUUGUUUUUGACAGAACCUAUUUGUCCUUAAAAUCCGGUGAGACCAAAUUUGUACGUAUUUAUUUCGUACAAGUACUCCAUAUAGGCUGUCACAAUUGCUAUUACGAUUUUGAGUUUUACGACUCUCAAUCUAACGAGUUGCUAUUCAAGAAAACUACAAGAGUAUUUGCCGAUGUUAUGCCCCACCCUAUACAAGUAAAACCAGACGCUUUAAAUAUGACAGAUACGCCGAUAAUAUUUGGACAAUGCAGAAAUUCUUUCGUGAUUACGAACACUCAUUGCAAGUAUCCUGUCAGUAUAAGGAUUGUAACGAGUACUAAAAUGAAAAAGUUAAUAAAAAUAGUACCUAUGGAAACGGUGAUUUUACAAAAAAGAAGCACAAAGUUUGUAGUAAAACUUUGCACAAGAAAUAGGGACCCGGUGGUAGUAAAAUUAGAUGAAGAUAAAUGUUUUAAUGAAGAUAGUUUGUUCGUGCAGUUUACGUUAAAAAUUUUAAUAAGUAGCUAUGUCAGUGCUUUUAAAAACAUAACACCAAUAUUUUACAAUAUAAUUGCUCCUUGUAUACAUGAAUAUGAAUAUGUUUAUGGAAAGUAAUACUCCGAGGCAACUCUAAACCAUUACAGUGAAUAGGCAAAUCAAAUCGUAAUGAUUCAAAUUGUCAAAGCACAAUGAUUGUUUUAAAAGUAAUUAUUGUAUAUAAGAACAUUAAGCAUCAUUUAAUGCUGAUGUUUUUUACACGUAAAGAACUAAAAUAUGGCAAGGACAUCAGGCUUUUCCCCGCGGACUAUUUGUACCAUUAGCCCGUACAAUUGAUAGCACAACUGUAUAGGACGCCACAUUUAACUAUUUUGUUCACGAUCAGUUCUAAACCCACUAUUUUUGAUGUCAAUUCUCAAAGCUAUGAGUUUGAAACUCAGUUUUCAUCAAUAAGGCAACCACACAAACCAAAUAAAAAUUUUAAUGUGUAAAAAGCUCUAUCAUAUAAUAAAUAAAAGAAUAAAGAUAAUGAGCUUAAGCCUUAAGCACUUGAGCUUGUGGGCGCACAUCACAAGUUUCGACCACAUUUAGAAUAUAAAGAAAAAUAGCAAUAUUUUCGAAAAAACCUCACGAGUUUCGCACAAGUGAAGCUCUAGGUUAAAAAAACCGUUUAAAUUCCAUACAAAGAUCUGUAAUAAGAACAUAGAGAAAUUCGUAAAAUUUGCUGACUCUGUCUGUAGCUUAGUUGAUAAGAGACGUGGCCCCGAUAUGACAAGAGAUGCUUGUUCGAGUCCAGUCAGAUUGAAGGAUUUUUUCUUUAUGUUAAUCGAGCUUUUUUAUCUAUAAUAAUCAAUGGUCGGAAAAAGGUGUUCCACAUACAUAGAUUCAUGUAUAAAUAUAGCUCAAGGAGUGAUAUAGAAUUGUUAAAAUCACCAAAUUUUAAUUCAUUACUUUUUCGAAUUCCGGAUACAAAUUACUCACUUAGUAGUUUUGUCCAACGAUGUUGGACGACGAUAUUGUAAGUCAUAGUUGGGAUUUACAGCAAUUGAUGUCAAAAAAAUGCAGUAUAUAACUGACUUUUCAUUACAAUAAACCUAUGUGGCGAAAGAAAUACGUAUGGUCUUACUGCUACUAAAAUGAUGAGAAUGACGAAGACGCUAAUAAUGCUGAUGCAGCUGAUGUUUAUAAAUAAUGCUAAUGGUGCUGGUGGUGCUAAUGAUUCUGAUCGCGCGGGUGGUGCUGAUGAUGCU